UCAAAUAACGUGCGAGGGGUACCGAAUGGAGAAACAAGAAAAAACAUCGUUGGAAUAAUCUCCCCUUUUGAUUGCACACGAGCUUUCAAACGGUUUGGAUCCGGUGCCCAAGACAGGAGAAAAGUGAACCGUAUUGCUGGGGACUCCAAUGCUCAUCGGAUUAAGGAUAUUCUUCCUGCCGAUAUAGCUGUCAAAUGCCUGCCAAUCUCUGAUGAGUAUAUGUAAUGACAAUGGUAUAGAACAGUAAUUACAGUUUCAGGUUUGUUUCUAUUAAUGGUAUCACAUGUACACAUUUUUCUAAACGUUAAAACAAAAUGAUUAAUGAAAUAAACAAAAGGUUACCGUUUAAACGGUAUCCAUAUGUCAGUUAUAAAAGCGUCAUUGACAUCGCAUUUCCAAACUGAAAGUAAUGAUUAUUUCCAGAAGUUAUAUUCAGAUCAUUACCCAUUUGGGCAAUGACGUCAUAUUAAAACCAACUGUUCUUGCCGUUGUUGAGUCAUUGGGUACACAUUUUCUACUUACAUGCCGUAGUAUUUUAUAACAAAGACAAAUAAAUAUUGAUCCCACAUUUCUUCAAUAAGACUACACCUGUGUAAAUUUUUUAUUGUUUUCUACCUAACAAGAUGUACAUAAAAACGAGUAUCUGUUUAUUAAAUUAAAAAUGAAUGCGGAUGAAUAAAUGUCGGAAAAAAUGUCCUCAUGCACGUUGUGCUGACGCGCGUCAAAUGUUCAAGACAAUUCGGGGAAUGAUCAUGCAACAAAUAGCUGGAAAAUUUUCCCGAGCACUUUGUGCCGACGUGUGUCAAAUAUUCAAGACGUCUAGGUCGUACAUGGUGUUUUGUUAUGUUUACGCUGUUGUGAAUAAGGGCCAUCUGGCACACUUGAUACAAAUGUAUACCAGUCUUUUUUUAACAGCUUUUAAUAAGUUUUGCAACAUUGUAACGUAAUGAACUAAAAUGGAUUAUGUUGAUAUCAACAGUCGUUUAAAUGUUUACUGUUUUUGUAAACAUUUUUGAGAAAACACGAAAUGCCACCAUUUAAACUUGAUACUCAUAGUUUCUAUAAAUGAUGUAAUUAUUUCAUUUCUUUAUACUUAAACAGUUCAAAUGUCAAGUCCUAAGCUUCGUAUGAUUACAGUAUUUGUCAUCAAUAUAAAGUUAAACUUAUUAUGCUGAUGUCAUCAUGUGCAAUGAUUGGCAUCAUUGCGUUUUCUAACUAAUUUGCAUGGUUAUAUAUUUUAUUUAAGCGUGUGGAAUAUUUUACAGAUUGUAGGGAAUUGUAAUUGCAAACUUUUCAUUUUAAUCUUGAGGCAAAGCAUGAAUUUUCCUUGUGUAUUCAUUCAUGUAUAUUUGUGAUUUAUUUACACAGACAUUCGCCAACUCUGUUUUCAAAGGUGCCAAAUUUUCUUGUGAUCGUUUUCGCCAUGCAUUGUUGAGAGACUUGCGGAAGAUGGAUGUUCAACAGCUGUAUCUUCAUCUAGGCUCAAAUGACAUUCUUACAAAUGAAGCGGUGUUUUACCGAGAUGUAGCUGACUUGUGCGAUUUGGUGCAUCAGGAGGCGCACAAUCGGUGUCCAGAAUGCAGGGUUGUUUGCUCCAACGAAGACGCUUUGCUGAGCCACUUCUGCAGUCGCCACAUCAAGCAACCAGAGACUGGAAAAGAGAGUAAAAUUAAGCUGAUAGGCUCACCAAUGAUUGCAUCUGCUAAUCAUGAACUCAACGAAGUCAGCUCAAGGAAGUGGAAGGCAUGCUUGGAAAAUAGAAGUUUCCAUUAUGAAGGAACAUACAAACAUUUCCCACCCACCAUGUGGAUCAAGAUGUUUGGGCUGAUGAUUCUGGGUCGUAUGUGUGGACAAGGUGGUCUUCAUUACAUCAUGAUGCAGCUGUGUAUUCAACAACAUGUUAACCUGUCCCAGCGGAUGUUGAUGCUCUUAAAUCUCUUAAAUGAUGUUGAGAAAAAUCCAGGACCGGAGUAUUCGUGCAAAUGGAUAUCCUGCAAGGAAGACUUCCACUCCAUAGGACAGCAAGAUGCACAUAUCAUCUCUCAUGUGGUUCAAGAGAAAUGCUGUAGAUGGGGAGACUGUUCCAAAGUCCUGAGCUUUAAUAGUCUUGAAAACCAUGAACUUAAACAUCUCUAGGAUGUGAGUUUAGCACUGUGUAUGAACUGGUGUUGCUUCAUUUUCUGCAUAUCUUUAUCUCAGUCUUCUCUAGUUUUGAUGGUCAAAUACAUAUUGUCUGCCAGUUUUUUCCCCCAAUACUGCCGUUCAUCGUUUGCUUGCAUCAAGAGUUUUAAAAGAAAUUAAAACUCAUUUGUUUAGUUAGAAUCUUAUGAAAGACUUAAAUGGCCAUGUUUAAUACAAUUGUAUAACAACAUAUAUGAGCUAAAAAAAAUAGUUGGAAUAAUUAAUGUUUAUAUGAACAUAACAAAUUUGCUUAAAAUCAUAGGUCUUGUUUUUGUCUGCCACUAUAAGAACCAGAACAUAUUUCGGACAUUCGAGGAUUGACUUGCUGUGUUAGAGGAUCAUCAGGUGAUGGAAGAAACCAGGCUUUUUUCGACUCAAUGUUGAUGAAACCUGAUCGACAUGCUCAUCUUGGUUGAGUAAGCCUGGGUUGAGUGUUUCCAAAAAGUAGGUAACCUGGUGAAAUCUUAGGAAAACAUUGUAACCAGAUCCAGGUUUAUUUGACUGACAGACCGAUGGACAGUGGGUCAACCGUAAAUCCCUUCAUGUGAAAACGGUAGGGACAAAAUAAAUAUCACAUUGCUCUUCUGAGUUCAUUUGAAAACCAAGUUUUAUCACAAAAUUAAAAUGGUCAAUGUAUUAUUUUGUGUAUUUAAAAAUUAUGUGAAUAUUAAGUUUCAUGAAAUCUUACUGAGUUUUCUCAAUUUUAGCUACUAUUCGGACAUGGACUGACGGAGAAAUGGGCAACAAUGUCGCAAUUUGUAUACCAAGUUUUAUAAGAAUUGUUUCAUAAAAGUAACCAAUGUGUCUGUUCUAUGUCAAGGUAACUACUAGGAUGAAAUACACAAAAAGAUUUUGGUUCACAAUAGGGUAGGCUCCGCGUGCCGUGAACCGGGCAACAGCUUUUGUCAUUUAACAUUUGUGUUAUAAUGGCAUAAGCUGGCAGAUACCCUUUAACUUUAACGAUGUUUUCCGAUAAUUUCUCGGAAAAUACAAUCUAGCAAUUUUUAUUUAAUUUAGAUUACUAAAAAUUAAUAUUAUAUUUAUGCCCCCCUUGGAAGAAGAGGGGUAUAUUGUUUUGCACAUGUCAGUUGGUUGGUCCACCAGAUGGUUUCCUGAUGAUAACUCAAGAACGCUUUGGCCUAGGAUCAUGAAACUUCAUAGGUUUAUUGAUCUCGAAAUAGUAAAAUGGUUUCCGGAUGAUAACUCAAGAACGCUUAUGCCUAGGAUCAUGAAACUUCAUAGGUACAUUGAUGAUGACUCGGAGAUGACAUCUAUUGAUUUUCAGGUCACUAAGUCAAAGGUCAAGGUCACAGUGACUCGAAAUAGAAAAAUGGUUUCCGGAUGAUAACUCAUAAAUGCUUACGCCUAGGAUCAUAAAAUAAAAAAAUCAUUGGUACAUUGAUAAUGACUGGCAGAUGACCCCCUUCAUAGGUACAUUGAUAAUGACUGGCAGAAGACCCUUAUUGAUUUUCAGGUCACUAGGUCAAAGAUUAAGGUCAUAGUGACUCAAAACAGUUUAAUGGUUUCCUGUUGAUAGCUCAAGAAUACUUAGGUCUAUGAUCAUGAAACUUCUCAAGUACAUUGAUCAUGACUGGCAGAUGACCCCUAUUGAUUUUCAGGUCACUAGGUCAAAAGUCAAGUUCACAGUGACAAAAACGUAUUCACAAUGGCUGCCACUACAACUGACAGCCCAUAGGGGGGGCAUGCAUGUUUUACAAACAGCCCUUGUUCUGUGUUAAAAUUAUGUACACGUCUGCGUUAAAUAAAUAUGUUCACAUUUGAAAUAAAGCUAAAAAUGUG